AUGGAUACCAUGAAAGAACUCAUGGCUCUCCAGAAACCGAUCAUGUUGGACGAAGGAAACUUCGGUCACUGGAAAGCUAAGAUGCGUCAUAUCAUAAGAGAAAUUGAUGAGGAUGCUUGGACUGCUGUAGAACAAGGAUGGAAGGCUCCAACCGUAAUCAUGGAUGACGAAUCAGAAGAGCCUAAACCAAAGGACAAGUGGUCUGAUGCAGAUAAAGCAGCCUCUAAGUUUAACUCUAAAGCUCUCACCACAAUCUUUUCCGCUGUGGAUCUUGACCAGUUCAAGAUCAUACAAGGCUAUGAGACAAUUGGAAGCUUCAUCUCGAAACUUAGUUCGAUUGCUAAUGAAGCCUCAGUUCUCGGCAAGAAGUAUAACGAGAAAAAACUUGUCAAAAAACUACUCAGAUGUCUUCCACCUCGAUUUGAAGCUUACAAGGCAGUACUGAAAAUUGCAGUCAACACUGAUGAGAUGAAGUUCGAUCAACUAGCAGGUAUUCUCAAGGUGCAUGACUUGGAACGUGUGGAUGAAUCAUCUAAAGAUCAGAAAGGAGUCGCCUUUUCUGCAGAAUCCAAAGAAGUUGAACGAGUGAAGAAGAUUGAAGAAAACAUGGUUCUUAUGGCCAAGAACUUCAACAAAAUGCUGAAACGUGUUGAAAAAGGUCAAAGUCGCACUAAUCAGAGAUACCAAGGACGAGACCGUGAUCGUCCCUCUCAGAACAACAGAAAUGACUCUGUUCAAGGAAAUCGACGAAAGGAGUUGCAAUGCCAUGAGUGUGAAGGUUUUGGUCACUAUCGUAACGAGUGUCCUCUCACCAAGAGAAAGGAGCUUAAGUGCAUAGAAUGCAAAGGUUACGGACACACCAGAAGUGAGUGUCCAAACAACCUCAAGAAGGACAAAUCGUUAAUUUGUUUCAGUGAUACCGAAUCCGAUGAUGAAAGUGAUAACGAAGAACUUCUGCUUAACUUCUCUGCUCAUGUCAACGUGACUGAUGUGUCACACGAGCCUCUGAUAUGCUACACAGAUGCUGAAACAGAAUGUGAGGAUGAUCAUAAAGAACACCUUCUGAACUUUGUAGCUAGAAUUGAUCAAAAGGAUGAGUCUCUUAAGUCUCAAUCAAGCUCAGAAUCAGACUCAGAGUCUGAAGCAGAUCCAGAGAAAGAAAGCACUGGACUAAAGGUUGAAUACCAGAGUUUGUUCAAUAAGUUCACGGAACUUAGCCUCGAAAAUCUACAACUGAUUAAAGACAGAGCUAUGCUGAAGGCACAAGUGAACAUACUAGAGCUUGAACAAACUGAGAACAACUCAGACUCAGAGAAAGUCGGCUCAAUAGAGACCGAGAAGGAAGAUCAGAACACUCUCAAGAGAACUAUCUCAGAGCAAGCUUACUCUCUGAAGAUGCUUGAAACAAGCUUUGUCCAAACAAAACAGCUGCUGAGUGAAGAGCUAGAUAAAAGUCGCUUACUGCAACGAGAACUGACAGAAAAUUACAAAAAGCUCAGAAUGCUCAAUACCGGAUCAGACACUCUUGAUCACAUUCUGUCCUUGGGACAAUCUCCGAAAAUCAACUGGGGCCUUGGAUUUCAAGGAACUACUUCAAAGACAGCUGAGUGUAACGAAGGGAUAAGGUUUGUUAAAAGCAGUGCAGUUAUUAAAACUGUUGAACCUGACAAGAGCAAACCACCAAGACCUACUUCUCAAUCAGUGAUUCAGAAACAUCCUGUGAAGAAAAGAAACGGAUGUCUAUUCUGCUGUAAACCUGGUCACAUGGUUUCAAACUGCUACUUUAGACGUAAGCAGUAUCAAGAAGCAUGGAUGAGAAAUCGCUGGCAUAUUGAACCUGGCAAAUUUGGAUGCGUUUGGAUAGCUAAGUCGGAUCUAUAUCUAAACUACAAGAAUCGAAUAUCAGCUGCUCCAGUUGAAAUGCCACUACCUGACAUUCCACUUGUUACUGAACAGAGACAAGGAAAGGAAAUUAUGUGCAAUCUAUCACUAACAAAAAUCUGUGAUUUCGGUACAAACGAAAGUGUGUCACAUACGAUCAGUAAUGAGUCAGUCACAGACGAAUUUCUUGAAGAAGAUCUCUUUGAAAAUGACUUCUCGCAGAUCUUAGGAAACGUUGCCUACACCACUUCUGAUAGCACAAGCCAGGAUGAGACUCCUUGGUAUUUUGAUAGUGGGUGCUCAAGGCACAUGACAGGAACUGCUGAUUACCUUGUAAAAGCUCAAGAGAUCACUGGUGGCAAGGUUACAUUUGGAGAUGGAGGACAAGGGAAGAUCAGCGCUAUAGGAGAUACUGUGAGAGCAGACCUUCCACGACUCAUCAACGUAUAUCUGGUAGAUGGCUUAAAAGCUAACCUCAUCAGUGUGAGUCAGCUCUGUGAUGAAGGUCUACGAGUCAUCUUUGAUAAGAAAGAGUGUCAAGCUCUCGACGACAAGAACAACAUUGUUCUGUGUGGGUAUCGCUCAGCCAACAACUGCUACAUGUGGAAGCCUACAGGGCAAUGUCUAACCGCUAAAGGAUCCCAACUUGAACUAUAG